AUUGCAGUAUUGGCAUUCCUUUAAGAAAGCAGUAUUCUUCUUCCACUUGAAUAUUUACAAUGCUACCUUCCACUUUCACUUCGACUAUUGCUACUAAGUUGAUGACGCUUAUCUUGUCAUCUCUGUUAAUUCACAGGAUAAAGCUACUCAGCUUGGUGUUAUUUUUCACCACUGCAACACAAGUCGCCUGCAGAUUGAGCAAUGAAACAGAUCGACUAGCAUUGCUUUCCUUCAAGGAACUUAUAGCUGAGGAUCCGCUUAGCUCGUUAAGUUCCUGGAACAGUUCUCUCGAUCUCUGCAAAUGGGACGGAGUAACAUGCAGUCACAAGCAUCAAAGAGUAGUGGUUCUGGACUUGAGGGGCAAAAGUCUGAGGGGAACCAUGUCACCUUUCUUGGGAAACCUCUCUUUUCUCAGAUCCCUUUACCUCCACGAAAACAGAUUCCAAGGAAAAAUCCCCCUGGAGCUUAAUCGCUUGUUCAGGCUACAACAACUAAAUUUCAGUAGUAAUUCUCUUCAAGGGGAAAUUCCAACAAAUUUUUCAAACUCCCUUGGUGUCAUUCAUUUACCAUAUAAUGAUCUAGUUGGAAAAAUUCCAGCCUCAUUUGGUUCUCUCUCCAAGCUCACUGAUCUUGACCUUUACUCCAACAACCUCAUCGAAGGGAUUCCACCUUCUUUCGGUAACCUGUCUCUCCUCCAAAGAAUAGAUUUGGGAGACAAUAGCCUCACAGGAACUAUUCCACAUUCCAUCGGCCGCCUUAGCAACCUUCAGGUAUUCCGCAUUGGCAUGAAUAAAUUGUCAGGUACUAUCCCUCCCACACUUUAUAAUAUCUCAACUCUUAUGCAGCUAGUAUUCAUUUCAAAUAACCAACUUACAGGCAGUUUACCCCAAGAUAUUGGUCUUAGACUCCCCAACCUGAUAUAUUUUAGUAUUGCAAAUAACCAAUUCUGGGGACCCAUUCCAGCUUCUCUUUCUAAUGCAUCUAGAAUGGAAUAUGUUGGUCUAUCAGGUAACAACCUUUCAGGGGGAGUUCCCUUUGACCUAGGGAGAAAGAUGAAGAGUCUUUUGCAUCUAAAUCUGGGUAGAAACAAUUUAGGUUCUGGGGAUGCUAGUGACUUGAGCUUCAUUGAUUCGUUAACUAACUGUAGCAAGCUACAAAGAUUGGGUUUCGAUGGAAAUGGUUUUGGUGGUGUUUUACCCAAAACCGUAGUCAAUCUCUCAAGUCACCUCAAUGUGUUAGCAGCAGGACGAAACCAGCUGGUUGGAAGCAUACCCGCGGGAAUUUCCAACUUCGUCAACUUAGAUAAGUUGGGUUUGGAAGGAAACUUUUUAUCAGGUGUCAUUCCCUUUGAAAUAGGGAAGCUUAAAAAUCUACAACUGCUAAUUUUCAGUGGAAAUAAACUGUUCGGUCCCAUCCCAACAAGCAUUGGAAAUCUCUCUCAAAUAUUUGAGCUAGACCUUGACGAGAACAACUUCAACGGAACCAUUCCUUCAAGUAUUGAAAACAUCCUGGGCUUGCAAACCUUGGAUCUCUCACAUAAUUUCUUAACGGGUCCCAUUCCCCAAACAGUAGGCCUCUUCUUCUCUCUCACUUUCAUGAACUUAGCUCAUAACGCUUUUAUUGGUGCCCUGCCACUUGAAAUCGGGAAAUUGAACAAUCUCCAGGAACUAGAUGUUUCGGAGAACAAGUUGUCUGGACAUAUUCCUAGUACUCUGGGAAAUUGCUUGAAAUUGGAAGGCAUUUUUUUAGAAGGUAACGUGUUUCAGGGUAGUAUUCCUCUCACUUUUAGCUCCUUGAAAGGAAUUGAAAGUCUGGAUCUUUCGCGCAAUAACUUGUCCGGCCAAAUUCCAGAAGAUCUAGCCGCCCUCGUUCUUUUAAAGAAUCUGAACUUAUCAUUUAACAACUUGGCUGGUGAGGUGCCUUUGCAAGGUGUCUUCAGAAACUUGAGUACGAUUUCACUUGUUGGAAAUAAAAGGCUUUGUGGAGGCAUUUCAGAAAUGCGGUUACCUGCUUGCCCAAAGUCCAUAAAGAAGGGGAAUCGCCUUGGCUUCAAAAUUAUUGUUCCAAUUGCUUGCAUAUUCCCCUGUCUUUCACUAGUGCUACUUUUGGUUGUUUUUCUUAGGAAAAGAGAACAGAAAAACAAAUCUCUCACCCAACCAGUCAUAGGAGAUGAUUUCUUGAGGGUUUCAUAUGAUCAGCUCCUCAACGCCACUGGUGGAUUCUCUUCAUUAAACUUAAUUGGAGCUGGAAGUUUUGGCACCGUGUACAAAGGAAUUCUCCAUGAAGGGGAUAAACCAAUUGCAGUCAAAGUGCUCAAUCUUGAACAAAGAGGAGCUUCCAAGAGCUUCGUGGCUGAAUGUGAAGCUUUGAGGAAAACAAGGCACAAAAAUCUUGUAAAGAUUAUAACAGUAUGUUCAAGUAUAAACCAUGCAGGUGAUGAUUUUAAAGCACUAGUUUUUGAGUACAUGCCCAAUGGAAGUUUAGAGAAGUGGUUGCAUCCAGAAGAAGAUACACCACAACAGGAAAGGAACUUAAGCCUUUCCCAAAGGUUAAGCAUAGCGAUUGAUGUUGCAUGUGCCUUAGAAUACCUUCAUCACCAUUAUGAAACUCCAAUUGUUCAUUGUGAUCUAAAGCCAAGCAAUGUUCUCAUCGAUGAAGACAUGAUUGCCCAUGUGGGAGAUUUUGGGCUGGCCAAGUUCCUCACCAUCAAUAGCGGUAACAGUGAUGGUGGGCAAUCAAAUUCACUUGCAAUCAAAGGUUCUAUUGGCUAUGUUGCACCAGAAUAUGGAAUUGGAGGAAGGACAUCUACGGAAGGAGAUGUUUACAGCUAUGGGAUUUUGUUAUUGGAAAUGUUGACAGGAAAAAGACCGACAGAUGAAUUGUUUACAAUCAGACAAAGUCUUCAUGAAUUUUGCAAGGUGGCAUUGCCGGAGAGAGUAAUGGAGAUUGUUGAUUCGCACAUGCUAUUAGAAGAACCUACUGAAGCUGAAAACGAUGCUCAGAAAGAAAGAGACAGACGAGACAAAAUAAGAGAAUGCUCGGUUUCCCUUGUGAGGAUUGGAAUUGCAUGUUCUGUGGAAUCACCUAGCGAAAGGAUGAGCAUCAAGGACGUGAUCAUCGGAUUAAUGAAAAUAAAGGAAGUAUUUCUUGGAGUAGGUAUCCAUGGCAUGAGACAAAUGAGGAUGCGACUCACCGAUGAAGGAACGUCUCGAGAAUAGCUACUAAGAGUGCCACUAGAGGAAUUGGCUCAACGGAGGAUGCUUGGAAGGUUUGAAGCACAAUCACUUAGUUAGAAAGGCCAAAACCCAAAUAUGCAGGCCGGUUUGUUAAUCAUGUAAGUUAAGAAGAAUAAAAAAAAGAAGGUGAAAGUUCUCUCCCAUGUAUAGUUUUGAGUUUUGAAGUAGUCAUAGUUGUGCAUAUUUAAUUCCGUAUGCAUGUAAGUUCCCACAAAAUGUAAGGCAUUAAGAAUGUGUGUGCCAGUAGCAUCUUAUAUUGGUUUUGUAAGUGGUAACAAAUAGUAACAUUUUAAUUC